AUGAAUGACGAACGAUGCAUCACAUAUAUAUAUACUUACAUACUUACAUGCCCUUAUGAACCAUUCAGUAUCUAUAUAGCUUCGAGGCAGCUGCCCGACCAGCUAGCUCUGAGCAUCCAUCUAGACUCUCCCGCACCGAGCCACUUCACCUCCCAACAUCCAUCCAUCAUGUACGCGUCCGGAAGGUGCCAGGAGCUGGCGCAUCCCAACAUGAUCAACUUUUCUGUAUCAGUCUUCAUUCUCGUAGGCAUCCUUGUGUCAUAUCUCCCGCAGCAUUACAAGAUCAUAUCGAAGCGCUCAUCACGCGGUCUCAGUCCCAUGUUUGUGCUCUUGGGCACCAUAUCCGGCACUGCGAGUAUUGCAAACAUCCUGACGCUGCCCGAGAGCACACGCGACAUGGCCUGCUGUGCUGAGAUCGGCUCUUUCCCUUGCGCUGCUGCGCUGCUUGGGAUUGCGCAAAUCGGAGUGCAGUGGACCUGCUUCUUCUUCAUCAUGCUUCUCUUCCUCGUUUUCUUCCCCCGUCCCUCCGACGACCCCGAACCCGAUCAGUUCGACUCCUCUGAGCCGACGUGGAAAGAAGCAAUACUGGUCCUGGCACUCUCCAUGACUUUCUUCGCCGUGGCCCUCUUAGGUUCCAUCGUCUUUGUCUAUGCUGCCCACCAGCACAUCCGAGGUUGGGCCACCUUUCUCGGUCUGCUUGCCACCACGCUCGCCGCCGUGCAGUACAUACCCCAAAUCAUCACGACCUGGAGGCUGCAGGAGAUUGGUAGUUUGUCGGUUCCCAUGAUGUGCAUACAAACACCAGGAAGUGCUGUGUUCGCCGCCAGUUUGGCGGUGAGACUGGGAGCCGCUGGUUGGAGUGCUUGGGGUCUGUUCAUCCUUACCGGGCUGCUGCAAGGCUGCUUGCUUGCCAUGAGUCUGUGGUUUAUGUGGAGAGAUAGGAAGAAUGCAAAGGUUGGCAAUGCCCGAGAUGCCGGCGGCAAUGACGUUAUCCAACCUGAUCAGGAGGGGAGCGAACAGACUCCUCUGCUGGGGAACCAGAGGUAG